AUGUUGUCAGCACGAGGAACCGCCUGGACGAGAUAUGGUUAUCUCCACGGCAAGGAGAACGCCUACGACCCCGUCAAGAAUCCCAAAGGUGAUGUCAUCCUCACCAAUGCUUUCAACCAUGAUCUCGACAAGAGUCUCCUCACAUAUGGUGAAGGCUACACAGGAACGCUGCGACUUCGCUCUGCCAUGGCAAAGCACUUGAACAGACACUUCCAUCCAGCUCAGGCCAUUGAUGCCGAGGAAAUCACCUUUACUGCAGGAGUAACCAACCUUAACGAGGUUUGUGCCUUGGUCACAUGCGAUCCUGGGGAGGCUAUCAUGCUUGGGAGACCUAUUUAUGGACCCUUCUCCAAGGACUUUGUGAUGAGAACUGGAGUGAAUCUUGAAUAUGUGUCAGUGGGGGAUACAGACCAAUUCUCGCCUGGUUGCAUUGCAGGUUAUGAAGCUGGAUUUGAGGACGCGAAAGCCAGAGGCGUCAACAUCAAGGCGUUGGUUAUAUGCAACCCACACAACCCUAUAGGACAAUGCUAUCCUCGCGAGACACUGGUUGCACUUUUGAAGUUCUGCGCAUCAAAGGGUAUCCAUCUUAUCAGUGAUGAGAUAUACGCACUUUCAGUCUACAGCCGAGACGGUGAUGGGUCGGAGAAGUUUACAUCUCUUCGCGCUGUAGAUCCUUCGGGCAUUAUAGACCCUAGUCAGGUUCAUAUUCUUCAUGGAAUGUCCAAGGACUACGCAGCAGCGGGUCUUCGACUUGGAUGCGUCAUUACGCAGAACAAAGAGUUUUCCAAGGCUGUGCGUGCCAUUUGCCGAUUCUCUUCGCCGUCGCAAUUGUCCAUGGACCUGGCAGCCAAGUUCCUCGAAGACGAGGCAUUUGUAGACCAGUUCCUGGAAAAGUCGCGAGCCAGGCUACACUCAGGCCGUGCCUUGACUGAUACACUCUUAAAAGAAGCCAAUAUUGACUAUCACGAAAAAGGGCAAGCCGAGAAGAGAUUUUCCCAGCGCCUCACCCGGGCCGGAGUCAUUAUGGACACAGGGAGUGAAUAUCGGGCGCCUCGGGCGGGAAGAUUUCGCCUGAUGUUUACCGUCGACGAGGGGACUCUCCGUGAGGGGGUCAAGAGGUUAGUGUCAAGCCACAUGUUGGUGAUGGUUUACUAA